AUGUCACUCUUCUCACCCUCAGAACAUAUUGUUAACCUAAAUGUUGGUGGCCAACGAUUUGCAACGUCGCGACACACAUUAACGUGGAUUCCGGAUACGUUUUUUACAAGUUUGCUGAGUGGCAGGAUUCCAACAGUGCGCGACGAGACAGGCGCUGUCUUUAUUGAUCGGGACCCGGAAAUAUUCCGGAAAAUUUUGAAUUAUCUCCGCACCAAGCAGAUUGAUUUGAGUGGCGCGAGCAUGACCAGUUUAAAGCAUGAGGCGCAAUACUACGGCCUGGGACCACUGGUAAAGCGAUUGACACUGUGUGAAGAAUUGGACGAGUGUGCUUGUGGCGAUGUACUUUUUCAUGCUUUUCUACCACCACCACCGUUGCCACUAAACGAAGGCGAUGCCAAUUCGCUGCCAAUUUGUACGCGAAGCAGCCAGAAUCUCUUAAGCGCUUCAUCGGGUUCGCGUGGAUUAGUACCAGUGCCAGCUCCUUCACUUCACUCCCGAAAUUUGAGCGAACCUGUGGCGCUGCCAACUAAUGAGCCGGCCGCAAGCAGUGUUGCAUUCAGCACAUCGCAGCAGCCCCGUCCGUUACCGAGUAUGGAAGCAAAAUUUCAAGUGAGGCUUCCCGGGUUCAGUUUCUUUUACGGCUGCUUUGUAUCGUUUGUUGGCUUAAAAUUUUAG